GUCCCAAAUUUAAAACUACUUCAAUAUAACUUUGAUGUCAUUAUGUCUCGUACUGGUAGGCAGGCGAGUAGAUCAGUUCGAGGAAAAGUUUUCGUUGAAAUGGUGAAACAAAAAAAAUUUGGUAAAUGUAUACCGGUAUAUGAUUGGAAUGAUUUGAUAUAUUGUUCAACUAGUUUACCAGUAAUUAUUCCACCAAGUAUUGAUGGAUAUAAUAAACCUACACAAUUCACCGUAAAAAUUGCCUAUCACAAAGAAAUUAAUUUACAAGUUUUAAGGGAUUAUAUUAAAUCAGGAAAAGAACCGGAAGGACCAGAUGAUUAUAUUCAAACUUGUGUUCACGCACUUAAUGCAUACAUAAAUUACAAAGUGCGCACAAGUUUUUUAUCUGUUGGAAGAGGAAUUUAUCCUCCUAUCCAGGGGGAAAGAAGAAUUUUGUUACAAAGUGGAGAAGAAUUAAGAAAAGGGUUUUGUCAAUCGUUGAGAAUCGGAUGGAAAGAGCUUCUUGUUAACGUUGACACGUGUUCUGGCAUUUUUUGUCCACCUGGAAAUGUUGUAAACGUUAUUGGUACCUUCUUAGGAUACAGCGAAAGUGAUUUGAAAUUAGGACUCUAUGACGAGGAUAAAUUUUAUUUAAAUAAGAUUUUGAAAGGAAUUAAAAUUUUCGUCCGGCAUCGUGAUGAUAAAAGGGAGACUUUUACCAUUGAUGGGUUAUCACGUGAAUCAGCAGAUCAAACCACAUUUAAGAAUGGCCAAGAUGACAAAAAUUCGACA